UGCUGGGAUUGCGGACUCCAUUUCCCAAGAUGCUCAGCGGCGGCUGCGAGAAGACGCCUUGGGACGGCUCUACCCAGCUCCGCCCCCAACCAGUCAUGAGGCAGAGCUACUAUGAAGGGAGGCGCGACUCCAUUGGCCAGCUUGCCUGCCUGUCUUUCAACGCGUUAUGCGAUUGGUCGGCCGUUGAGUGCUCCGAGCGACGAUUGGCCGUGGCGGCGGGUUCGCGCUCUUCUCGAGCGGUUGUCGGCGAUGGCGGCGCAGGCGUUGAGGGGCAGGGCUCCUGCCCCCCCUCCCCCCAUCGCUGCCGCCUGUGUGGGGAAGGGAAUGGGCGUGCUGGGCGGGCGGCCCGUCGCCACCGCUGCUUUGUCGGUAGGCCUACAGACUCUGGGCGUGCCGGGCGUGCCGGAGCUGAAGCCGUUGACCCGCUCCGAGGCACUCCGUCUCGGGCCCGGCUGGAGCCACUCCUGCCACGCCAUGCUCUUCGCGCCCAAUCCGGGGAUGCUCUUCGGUCGCAUCCCGCUACGCUACGCCAUCCUGAUGCAGAUGCGGUUUGACGGCCAGCUAGGCUUCCCUGGGGGGUUCGUGGAUCGGCGAUUCUGGUCCCUGGAGGAUGGUCUGAAUCGGGUGCUGGGCUUGGGGUUGGGCGGGGUGCGCCUGACGGAUGCCAACUACCUGAUCUCACACGUCACCGAGGGCCCCCACCGCGUGGUGGCGCACUUCUACGUCAAGCAGCUGACCUUGCAGGAGCUGCACGCCAUCGAGAUCAGCGCGGUUCAUUCUCGGGACCAUGGGCUGGAGGUGAUGGGGACUGUGCGGGUGCCACUGUACACCCAGAAGGACCGUGUGGGCGGGCUGCCCGCCUUCCUGAGGAAUUCCUUUGUCAACACCGCCAAGUUCCAGCUGCUUUAUGCCCUGAAGGUCUUGAACAUGGUGCCUGUGGAGAAGCUGGCCGAGGCUGUGGCCGCCACACAGAAACUCAAAACGCCUGCCCCGGAAACAGCAGUAGCCGCCUCCGCCCCAGCAGUGCCUCCUACCACCUUCUGAGUCGAGGGCAGGGCCACUUUCGCCAUGAAGGAGCCAGCCCAGGCCCCAAGGAAGAAUCCCCACCUGACCCAGCACUGCCUCAGCCACAGGAGCUGCUUGGGGCAGUUCCAGGAUGGACUUGCUGGGCCUCCUUCCCACUGCCGAAGGGGCUCUGGCUGUGGGAAACCCUGCUUUGGAAGGUUCUCAUCCAAGGAGGCCUUUCAGAGCCUGGUAUGCCAGCAAGCAAGCGUGUGUAUCUGUGUGGUGGCUGCCGACUGAAAAACGAGGCUUGUGAUCCAGCUGCAGCCACGCAGAGGUCAGCCGGGCCUGUGAUUUGUCUGGAGAAGCUGUGACAUGCAGAGGGAGUCCUGCCUGGACACUGAAAGGAAGGAAGGAAGCUGUGUGGAGGUCCCUGGGUGUGCAGAGGCUCCUCUGUCAAGGGGGACAUUACGGGGCAGCUUCCUUCUUGACAUUGAGCAGAACCCCUGUGGGGCUUGUCCUGCUGCAAAUGGAAGCAGGGCAGGCAGGGAAGACUGGAAGAAUAAACCAUGUUGUUGUGUGUCUUGA